AGACAGAUAAAUCGAUGUAAUGUAAUCUUCUACUGUUCUCACUGUUUUGCUUCCAGUCUCCAGGGGGCGAUGUUGCGCUUUUAACCUCGCGUGAACUGAGUGAGGCACGAAGAAGGUUGAACUGCGCGCGCGCUGCAGAGAUGGCAGAGAGCGGAGUUUCAGUGGGAUCUGAAUCCCUCCAGCUGUAUGAAGCGCAGUUCUUCGGCUUCACCCCAGAGACCUGCACUGUACGAGUUCAUGAUGCAUUUCGAGACUCCCUCAAUCACAUAUUGGUCGCUGUUGAGUCUGUGUUCGUGAAAAGAUUUUGUCCGGGCCAGGAUCCGCCAGCAGAGCUCCGACUGACAGCCCGUGAGAGCACCCAAAAACUGCGGCAGUUCUUACAGGAGCGCUUUGAAAUCAUGUUUCAGCGCAUGAAGGGGAUGCUGAUGGACCGCGUCCUGUCCAUCCCUCACAACGUCCUGCUGCCCGAUGACCAGCUGCACCAGAAGUACCCAGAAGGCAAAGAAGACCUCAUGAAGCUGCAGGACUCCAUCGCCAAUCUGCUGCAGGCUUAUGAAGCCGAGGUGUGCGCCAAGCAAGCGCUUCUCGCUGAGCUUGAGGAGCAGAAGGAAACUCAGAAACAACUGGAUAAAGUGCUGAGAUGGAUCGAGGAACUGAGAAUUUCAUGGAGGCGAGAGGGAAUGGGAAAUGUCCAAGACAGCAUUCGACACAUGAUGGAGACUGUGGGCCAAUUGCAGGAUGUUGUGGGAAAGAUUAACAAACGAAAUAAGAACCUGGAUGAAGUUUGAUGGUUGAUUUGCAACAAUUGAGACCUCCAUAACACAAGCGUCUGGUGUAAUGCGUGAUCGAGCCACCAGGGGGAGGCAAUGCACAAUCUAUUCGGGACAAUUACAUUAAUAUACAAGUACCAAGAUCAGUCUACCUUCAAAGAAAUACAUUUGUAAUCAGGAGAUUUUCCUCAGACAUUUGGAAUGCAGUCCAUCUCUCCUUCCUUAAAGUCACUGGGUUUUCUCAUUUACGAUUCAGUGCCUUUGAUGUUCUGUACAGUGAGAUCUGCAUUAGAUUAGCCCAAAUUUCCCACAGGCCCAUACUGAUGUGUCCAACAGCCUGGUCGGCUUUACACUUUACAGAAAGUUUCAUGUUGUUUGAGGAGAUAUUUUAAGGUCUUUCCCUUGAAGUUCAGAGGAGAAAGAUUUUAAGUUCAUAUUGAGUUGUACAGGACCUUAUCGCCCGCAGAGGAACGCCUACAUUUUGUACAUAGUCUGAAUCUAAAUUACAGUACAUGGAUUGAGUUGCUAAGCGCAAAUGUCAGUUUAAAAAAAAAAAAAAAAGUAAUAAACUAAUAUGCUUGUUUUGUAUGUAACUGUAAAUAACAAUAAAACUUUGUGUUUGCAUGAUACAUUCUUUUCCACAAAUUAAAUAAUUCUGUACUGAAAGAUAUUUGUAUGGAGAGGAACAAAUGUAACCUUUUCAGUAAAGCAACACUUAAAAAAAAAAAAUCUUAUUUUUAUUGUUUUAUGAAUGUUUAUAUAACCACAAAAACCAAAAAUGGAAACAAAUUUUAUUUCCAACAUAUUUCUUAAGAUGUAUAAAUACUUGUAUGACCAUUAAAAUAUCCAACUGCC